AUGGAAUCGUCAAAGCCAUGGCUUCAUAAGAUUCGGGCUUCCGAGUCUUUUGUUGUCAUUGUGGUGUCCAUUGCGAUUUUCACGGAUAUUUUCAUUUAUGGCAUGGUUGUCCCUAUCAUUCCCGUUGCACUGGUUGAACGCGUUGGGGCUCGAGAGGAAGAUGCGCAAUAUUGGGUAUCAGUUCUGCUAGCUGUCUACGGCGCAACUCUUCUUAUCGGAUCGCCGCUCUUCGGCUGGUUCGCCGACCACUCUCGAUAUCGAAAAUUGCCUUUCGUCCUCGGUCUGCUUGCACUGGGUGCCUCAACUCUCCUAUUCAUCGUUGCCCGCUCGAUGGUGCUUCUUAUCAUUGCACGCGGUCUGCAGGGAUUCUCCGCUGCGGGUGUUUGGGUCGUUGGACUUGCGAUCGUUGUGGAUAAUGUAUCCCCCGAGCGAGUUGGGGAGGCCAUGGGACAAACAACAAUCGGUAUGACGUGGGGAUUUCUACUUGGCCCUACGAUUGGCGGAGUCAUGUAUGAGAAGCUGGGUUUUUAUGGGACGUUCAUGAUUCCUGUGGCUCUUAUUGCUCUGGAUGUGAUCUUGCGAUUUGCUAUUAUCGAGGUGCCGAGGACUGCUCAAAAUACGGAGCCCACUCUCAACUCGCAGGCUAUUGACUCUCAGGCUGAUGCGUACAAUACGCUCACUUACCCGGAGUCUCAGUCUCCCCAAGCAAGGAAUACUCGUACCGGGUCCGAUCAACAUUGCGAUGAGCAAACAUCCUUAUUGAGAUCCUCGACUCCUUGCGCUAGAUCCUCAAACUUGGGCAAACAAAGAUCCGCGACGAUAUUCAGUCUUCUCACGUCCCCCCGACUGCCCCUUGCAUGUACGGCCACCAUUGUGAUGGCUGUUAUAACCGCAGCCUUGGAAACCACCAUCCCGCUAUACGUCAUGCAGACAUUCGGCUGGUCCUCUGGCGGUGCAGGGUUGAUCUUCGUCGCUUCGUCCAUCCCCAGUUUCGCGGGCGUGCUUAUCGGAAAGCUCAUCGAUCGCAUUGGAGUCCGGAUCCCAGCAGCUGCGGCUUUUUCAGCCUCGGGCUGCGCCUGGAUUCUGAUGCGUCUAGCGGUCGUCACGGUAGAAAUUACCGCCAUGACAGAAGCUUCUCAGGUGGUUGGGGACUAUGAGAUUGAGAAUCCUGGCGCGUUCGGAGAGAAAAGUCCGGUCGCCCAGACAUAUGCGCUAUUAAAUAUGGCUUUUGCGGGGGGUCAGCUCCUGGGUCCGAUUUUGGCGGGUGCAAUGCGGGUACGUGCAGGUUGGGCUGCGAUGACCCUCGUGUUGGGAGUGCUGUGUGCCGUCACGGCCGUGCCUAUUGGACUGCUUAGCGGUGCCUGGCCUAAAAGGGUCGAGGCUGAGGCCGAAAGAGAUGGGUAG